AUGAUUGUGACAAUACCAUCUUGAGGGUCAGAUGGUCCAUCAGGCGCAAGGCGAAGAGUGUGUUUGGUGUUUGGCUGUGUGACUGUGUGUGUGUGUCGCCGGCGGUGAUAAGUGUGUGACAGCUGCCGACGCCGGGAACCGCUUCAUCAGAAUUAAUAUCUGUUUGUGAGGGAGCCAAGAAGUUGCAGGAUGGCUCCCAAAAAUACCACGCAGCUGUUGACCAAGCUACGAGCAUUAAUGAAGAAUACUGCCCAUGUUCCUCGACAAAUCCAUGCUUACAUUGUUCCGUCAGGGGAUGCACACCAAAGUGAAUACAUUGCUCCGUGUGAUCAACGGCGAGCCUUCAUUAGUGGCUUCACUGGAUCAGCGGGAACUGCCAUCGUCACAGAGAAGGAUGCUGCCCUAUGGACUGAUGGACGCUACUUCCUGCAGGCCAGCCAAGAAAUGGACGACAACUGGACACUGAUGAAACAAGGCUUGCCUAAAACCCCAAGUGAGGCCAAGUGGUUAAACAAGACUCUGGAUGUGGGUUCUGUGAUUGGAGUUGAUCCUUACCUGUUGGAGGCUGAUGUUUGGCGAGACCUGUCCAGGGAGCUGCAAGGGGGUGGCCAUUCUAUCAUUGCUGUUCCUGAGAAUCUCAUCGAUCUCAUAUGGACUGAUCGCCCAACUCGCCCUGCUGAAUGUGUGGUGCCCCUUGAGGAGAAGUACACUGGCUGCAGUAUUGAAGACAAAUUGAAAAAUGUGAGGCAGGAACUUGAUGAAGAAAAUGCUUUUAUGAUCAUCAUCACUGCCCUGGAUGAGGUUGCUUGGACAGAACAGAUUUGUUGCACUGUUAUCUCAUUAGUGGCUCUGGCUGUUCAAGCUAUUGUUCUGAAGUGUGCAAUGAUGGCCCUUCAGUUUGGAAAGAUAUGGAUCUGUAAUCACUCCUCCCAAGCCAUCACACAGCUAGUACCUAAAGACAGAAGACUCACCAAGCUAUCACCAGUUGCAAUCAUGAAAGCCAUUAAAAAUCCCACUGAAAUCAAAGGAAUGGAAUCCUGCCAUCUGCGUGAUGCUGCUGCCCUUUGUCGCUAUUUUGCUUGGCUUGAGAAGGAGGCUGCCAGAGGAACUCAGACAGAAAUUUCAGGUGCUGACCAACUCCAGAAAUUCAGAGAAGAAUUAGAUGACUUUGUUGGAUUAAGCUUUUCAACAAUAUCUUCUGUGGGUCCCAAUGCUGCUAUUGUCCACUACAAACCCUCUUUGGAGACAGAUGCCAGGAUCACCACGAAGGACGUAUAUCUAUGUGACUCUGGUGGACAGUACAGAGAUGGAACCACAGAUGUGACUCGCACUUUGCACUUUGGCACUCCCUCCAAGUUUCUACAAGAUUGCUAUACUAGGGUCUUAAAGGGAGUGAUAAGUGUGGCAACUUGCAUCUUUCCUACAAAAACUAAGGGCAACUGCUUGGACUCCUUUGCCCGAAAAGCUUUGUGGGAUGUUGGUUUGGACUAUGGGCAUGGGACUGGUCAUGGCAUAGGAAUGUACUUGAAUGUGCAUGAGGGACCAAUGGGAGUGUCGUGGCGUUCCUUUCCUGAUGAUCCAGGCCUGCAGGAGGGCAUGUUUCUCUCUGAUGAGCCUGGAUACUAUGAAGAUGGAAAAUUUGGUGUUCGGAUAGAAAAUAUUGUGAGGAUUGUUAAAGCAGAUACGGAACACAACUUUAGAGAUCGAGGAUUCUUGACCUUUAAAACAGUGACCAUGGUGCCCAUUCAAACCAAACUUAUUGAUCCAGCUCUACUUACAAAAAAAGAGGUGGAAUGGCUCAAUGCUUACCAUGCAGAAUGCCGGGAAAAGGUGGGAGAGUUGCUGCUGCAACAGGGACACAAAGAAGCAUACAACUGGCUCUUGAAAGAAACUGAACCCAUUGGCUAGAAGCAGACCAUUAUUCUGUGUAUAGAGUAAGACAAAUUAAUUGUACCUGGUUUGUAGGCUUUUGAAAAUUUUAGUGCUGAGGAAAUGUUUUUAGACUUGACUGAUGAUAAAAUCUUAAAUUUUAAAGAAUUUUUAAACUAUGAUACUUUUCAGGUAUACAAUAUUUUAUUCCUUAAUUGCAUCCUGUGAUGAAUAAUCUCCAUUAAGUCAUUCUCUUCUGUAAGUGUCUAUCUUUCUGUGCUUCCAAAAGAUAAUGUCUUUUUAAAUUUCAGAUGAACAGAACGAGGAAUACAUUAUACAAUUUUAAAAGUCCUUGGCUUUUCACAUACCAUGGUCUUGUCCUCAACAUUACCUCAUCCUUGCUUCAAGCAUUGUAUUAAUUUACACCAUUGUACAAAAAUACUUUUUCAAUUUUUGUACACAUUUUAUAAAAUCCACAUUUAUUACAAAACAACACCAAAAUAGAGGUCUUUUCCUUGCAGGAGUUGCAUAAGUAUAAAUCGAAAGUAAUCUUAAAACUAUGACAUAACCCAAUUUGUAGACCAUCAUAUUCCAUAACCAACUUAUGAAAUUUGUAUGUUUGUCAUCCUGGAUUAGUUUUUAUGAUAUGUCACAAAAUAUGUUCUAAUAUAUAAAGUAUAUUAUUUUUCUUUGUAUAUAAAUUGGAAAUGCUAGCUAACUGAUUUGGACUGUAAUAUCAUGAUUUAGCCUAUUCUCUUUAUUGUUUGUUUCUCAUAACAGGUACAGAUUCACCUACUUAAUUUUGUCCCUUCCCAACAGUUCUACAGCAACAACAAAAAAAAGGGAGGGGGGGGGGGUGAAGAAAACAUUUGUCUUACUUAUAUAACAGUUUUUUUCCCUAAGUCCCAGAGUUUUAUUUCAGGCUUUAUUACUGAGACAUGUAUAAGUAAGAUCUAUGAAAUAGUUAGCACUGAUGUAUAAGUUUUUAUAUAAGACAGUUGGCAUUGUUUUUACUGUUUUGAUUGAUUAUGGGAUUAAAAUAAUUGCAACAA